AUGGCCCCCGCCUCGCUGGAGGAGCUCCAUUGCGCGCCCGCGCCGGAGAAGCCCCCGCCCUCGGCCCCGGAGGGCGAGCUCCGGUGGCUCCGGCGGUGCGCGGGGGAUGGCGACGACCUCCGCUGGCUCCGCCGCUGCGUGGGGGCCGCCACCAAGGGCUUCGCCAUCGGCGCCGGGCUCAAGGGCGGCCUCGCGCUCUUCUCCCUCCUCGUCCGCCUCCGCAGCCGCCGCUCCCCCAGAUCGAGGAAGGCGGGCGCGAUGACCAACGACGAGGCGGCGCUCCUGGCGCUCAAGGAGACGCUCAGGUACGGCAUGUUCCUCGGCACCUUCGCCGGCGCCUACGUCUCCGUCGACGAGUGCAUCGCCGCCCUCUGGGGCCGCAAAAGAACAGCAAGGUGGAGGUCAUUAUUAUCUGGGUUAAUUGCUGGUCCUUCUAUGCUCUUGACGGGGCCAGGCACGCAGCAUACCAGUUUGGCAAUAUACAUUCUCAUGCGUGCUGCGGUGCUUGCAUCCCGUUGUGGAAUAAAGAGCAAAAGAUUUGGAAAGAUUUGCAAACCUUUGACCUGGUCACAUGGUGAUGUCUUCCUUAUGUGCCUUUCAUCUGCACAAAUUUUAUCUGCAUACAUUCUACAGCAGGACAGUUUGCCGUCAUCAUAUAAAUCAUUUCUGAAGAUGCAUGGUGGAAAGGAUCAGUCUAUUCUGCAAGGCUUGAAGGAAGUAGUUAACCACACUGCUUUCUCUAACCUAGAGGCUAUUGAGAAGUACUACAAAUCUGUUGGUGUUGACAUAAAGUUGGAUCCAGACAUGAAAGUGCCCUGCUCAAUUGUGCACGGUAAUCAAUCAUGUGCAGGACAUUUUAUUUCGUUCUUGUUACAAGCAUAUGGAAGAGCAGUUCCUGUCUAUAUUCCAGUCUACCUAGUCCCUGCACUUGUAGUUCAUCGGCAGGAUCUGAUGAAAAGGCCUUACACAAUAAUGGGCAAGAGUCUUCUAGGAACAGCAAGAUCUAGCCUGUUCCUCUCAAUGUAUUGCGCAUCUGCAUGGGCUUGGACAUGCUUCCUUUUUAGAACCUUCGAGAAGUGCAGUACUCCACUCGUUGUACUUGGCACGUUCCCGGCGGGUCUGGCACUGUUUAUCGAGAAGAAAAGCAGGAGAACCGAGAUAUCCCUGUACUGCCUUGCCAGAGCCAUCGAGAGUUUCUUCACAUGCAUGACCGACGCCGGACUCUGCCCUCCAAUAUUGCAGAUCAAGCGAGCUGAUGUAGUGGUUUUCAGCAUGGCCACCUCGAUCAUUAUGCACUGCUAUGCCCAGGAAAGGGAGGUUUUCCGGUCCAAGUACCUGAAUGUCCUCGACUGGGUAUUCGGUGUGCCGCUUCCGUCGGAGGACGAUGAAAGCAAACACCAUUCUAGUACAUCCAGUGAUGGAAUCAAGAAAGGAAUAUUCACCAUUGGAUGA